UCUCUCUCCUCCUCUCUCUCUCUCCUCCUCUCUCUGUCCUCCUCCUCUCACGCUCUCUCGUGUGAAGCACAGUCGCUCUCCGCUGCUCAGUUCAACAUGUUGGCUGGAGAAUGCUGCGUGCGGCAGCGCUCUCCCUCCUGCCCUGGCGCGGGACCCGUCUGUCCCACCCGCCGCAGCUGAGCACUCUUCCAGAAGAGGACGAGCCAGAACGGCACUACCAGGAGGAAGAAGAGGAAGACGAAGGCUCGGCCGGAAGCGCCGGGGUCCGCUCGGACCCCAUGUUCCAGCCGCAGAGAGCUUACCUGCUUGAGGGUCCAGAGGACAUGGUGAUGUCACCCGGGCGGCUGAAGUCUCCAGACUGGGUGUACGAGUCGUACUACCGCAUGAGCCAGCAGCAUCCCCUCAUUGUGUUUCUGCUCCUAAUUAUCAUGGGAGCGUGCCUGGCUCUGCUCAUCGUGUUCUUUGCCUCUGGACUGGACAUGGAGGACCACAUGGCCUUCAUCAUCACUGUGCCCACGACCCUGGCCAUUUUCUUCACCAUCUUCAUCCUUGUGUGCAUUGAGUCCGUAUUCAAAAAGCUUCUUCGCCUCUUUUCCCUGCUUAUCUGGGGCUGUCUGGUUGCCAUGGGUUACCUCUUCAUGUUCUACGGCGGGAUCAUCUGUCCGUGGGACCAGGUGUCGUUUUUCCUUUUUAUUGUGUUUGUGGUUUUCACCAUGCUGCCGUUCUCCAUGAGGGAUGCCAUGAUCGCUAGCGUCCUCACUUCAUCUUCCCACACGCUAGUGCUUAGCAUCUAUCUCUCAACCACAAGCGACUACAUCGAGCCUCUUGUCUGGCAGAUCCUGGCAAAUAUCAUCAUAUUCAUCUGUGGAAAUGUGGCCGGAGCGUAUCACAAACACCUGAUGGAUCUUGCUCUUAAACAGACCUACCACGACACCUGCAACUGCAUCAAGUCUCCCAUCAAACUGGAGUUUGAGAAACAUCAGCAGGAACGUCUUUUGCUGUCGCUACUUCCCGCCCACAUUGCAAGAGUAAUGAAGGACGAGAUCAUCCAGAGAUUAAAGGGGCCAAACUUUGGCCGGACAGAAAACGCCAACAACUUCCACAACCUCUACGUACAGAGACACACCAAUGUGAGCAUACUGUAUGCUGACAUAGUUGGAUUUACCCGUCUAGCCAGCGACUGUUCACCUGGGGAACUGGUCUACAUGCUGAAUGAGCUCUUUGGCAAAUUUGACCAGAUAGCCAAGGACAAUGACUGCAUGCGGAUCAAGAUCCUGGGAGACUGUUAUUACUGCGUAUCUGGGCUGCCUGACCCUUUGAACGACCACGCUAAGAACUGUGUUAAGAUGGGGCUGGAUAUGUGUGAGGCCAUCAAAAAGGUGAGGGACGCCACCGGGGUUGACAUUAACAUGCGAGUUGGAGUGCAUUCUGGGAAUGUACUCUGCGGUGUGAUUGGCCUCCAGAAAUGGCAGUACGAUGUUUGGUCGCAUGACGUCACCCUGGCCAAUCACAUGGAGGCAGGAGGUGUACCUGGGCGAGUUCACAUCUCCUCUGUUACGCUGGAACAUUUGAACGGGGCGUACAAAGUCGAGCAGGGGAACGGACAGAGCCGAGACUCCUACCUGAAAGAGAACGGCAUCAUCACUUUCCUAGUCAUCAACCCGAAGGCAGAGAAACGAAGUCCGCUGCUCUCCAGCCGCCUUCGGCCCAUGUUGGACGGGGCCAAGAUGAGGGCAUCUGUCCGCAUGACGCAGUACCUCGAGUCAUGGGGGGCAGCCAAGCCGUUUGCGAAUCUCCACCAUAGAGACAGCAUGACCAAUGAGAACGGAAAGAUCAAUACACAUGAUGUGCCGUUGGGGCAGUACAGUUUUCAACAAAGAACAAAAUCGCAGAAGAAGAGAUUUGAAGAGGAAUUGAAUGAAAGAAUAAUUCGCACCAUCCAUGGCAUCAACUCACAGAAGCAGUGGCUAAAAUCAGAAGACAUUCAGAGGAUUUCUCUCUUCUUUCACAAUAAGACCUUAGAAAAAGAGUACAGAGCAACAACUCUUCCAGCCUUCAAAUACUACGUCACCUGUGCGUGUCUCAUUUUCUUCUGCAUCUUUGUAGUUCAGGUGUUAGUUUUGCCCAAAACUAUCGUCCUUGGGAUUUCAUUCGGAACGGCCUUCCUGCUGCUCACCUUCAUCCUCUGCAUUUGUUUUGCCGGUCACAUACUGCAAUGGGGUAAAGCAGCCUCCUGCACUAUGCCCCGGCUCCGGGGCCCAUCUAAAGUCAUCACCAACAAGCCCUGGAUACGUCUUACGCUCACCAUGGCAACCACUGCACUUAUCCUAGUAAUGGCGGUGUUCAACAUGUUCUUCUUGGGCGAUGACAGAAUGAUGCUUUCAGCUCCAGUGAACGUAUCCAACAGCAGCACGGACGGUCCACAUAGAGAAAUCGCAAACUGCCCAAACAACCAGUUCUACUUGCCGUACUUCAUCUACAGCUGCAUUCUGGGAUUGAUCUCAUGCUCGGUGUUCCUGAGGAUAAACUACGAGCUAAAGAUGAUAAUCAUGCUUGCUGCUGUAGUUGGAUAUAAUGUCAUCAUUCUCCAGACUCAUGCAUCAGUACUGGAUCAUUACAGCAUGGAUCUUUACCACCAAACCCAGCAACGACCAGGAGUUCUUAAAGAUUUGAAGACCAUGGGCUCUGUUUCAUUGUUCAUUUUCUUCAUCACGUUGCUUGUGUUGGCGAGGCAGAAUGAAUAUUACUGUAGGUUAGACUUCCUCUGGAGGAACAAGUUUAAGAGGGAGUGCGAGGAGAUCGAGACCAUGGAGAACCUGAACCGGGUGCUUCUGGAGAAUGUCCUUCCUGCUCAUGUGGCUGAACAUUUCCUGGGUCGUAACUGGAAGAAUGAGGACCUCUACCACCAGUCGUAUGAUCUGGUGUGCGUCAUGUUCGCCUCUAUCCCAGACUUCAAGGAAUUUUACACAGAAUCAGAUGUCAAUAAGGAGGGACUGGAGUGUCUGAGGCUCCUCAAUGAGAUCAUAGCAGAUUUUGAUGAGCUGCUGUCAAAACCCAAAUUCAGUGGCGUUGAGAAGAUCAAAACCAUUGGCAGCACAUACAUGGCUGCCACAGGGCUAAAUGUGACCCUCGGACCAGAACACGCACAGGACCAUGACCGGCAGUAUAUGCACAUCGGAACAAUGGUGGAGUUUGCAUUUGCUUUGGUGGGAAAGCUUGACGUCAUCAACAAGCACUCCUUUAAUGACUUCAGACUGCGAGUGGGAAUAAACCACGGGCCAUUAAUCGCGGGCGUGAUCGGAGCACAGAAACCACAGUAUGACAUUUGGGGAAACACAGUAAACGUGGCCAGUCGAAUGGAAAGCACCGGGGUACUGGGGAAGAUCCAGGUCACAGAGGAGACGAGUCGGAUCCUGAAGACGUUGGGUUACAUGUGUUCCUGUCGAGGGAUCAUCAACGUUAAAGGAAAGGGGGAACUCAAGACCUUCUUCGUUCACACUGAGAUGACCAGAUCUUUAUCACAGGGGAAUGUAAUGCCUUGAAUCUCAGUAACACAAAAACACCCAAGAAUCGUUGACAUCAAACAGCGAUUAAAUACAGUUGUACAGUACGUGUACGUUGUACACCACUCAAACCCAAAGUAGGACUAAUAUAGAGCUGUUUGGACCAUAUACAGAAGAUGUUUUUGCAUUGCUUUAUAAGUAAUGAAUGGCUGUGUAACUGAUCAUAACUGUGUUUCGCUCAAUCCAUUAUUUAAAUUCUUUUUGUAAAAUAAAGGAAUAUUAACAAAGGUGGCCAUGUUUUGAUGCUAUCAUUUUGGUAUCCAUUAAAAUUUCUAUAUAAA